CCACAGGCAGGGGACACAGUUUCACACGCGGUAGAAUCACAGGCCGCUGGCCCAGGACGCGCUCUCCCUCGGCCGAGGUUCUAGUUUCCCUCCCAGGAAUCCCUCGUCCCUCCCCCGAGGUCGGCGGCCCCUCCUCCAUUACCAUGCAGGAGGUCCCAGGAUCCCCAGCCAUUAACGCCGAGUCCGCGGGGGCCAGGCCCGCGAUCUCGGCGCCCGAGGGGCCUGCGCCGGCCGCGUUGCCUUCGCGGGAGGCCGCGGACGACUCGCAACCCCCGUCCUUGUCGCCCUGCUGGCUCUCCUCGCGGCCGCCGACCGCGAGCCCGGCGGUGGACGGGUCGCUGCUGCGCCUGGCCCAGUGGGGCGGGAUGUCGGCCGGCGCGUUGCUGGAGGCCGGCCUGGCCCGGGUUCUCUUCUACCCGACGCUGCUGUACACAGUGUUCCGUGGGAAGGUGCCGGGCCGGGCGCACCGCGACUGGUACCACCGCAUCGACCGCACCGUGCUGCUGGGCGCGCUGCCGCUGCGGAACAUGACGCGCCGGCUGGUACAGGACGAGAACGUGCGGGGGGUGAUCACCAUGAACGAAGAGUACGAGACCAGGUUCCUGUGCAACUCUUCAAAGGAAUGGAGGAGGGUAGGAGUUGAGCAGCUGCGACUCAGCACAGUAGACAUGACUGGAAUCCCAACUUUGGCUAACCUCCGGAAAGGAGUCCAGUUUGCUAUGAAGUACCAGUCGCUGGGCCAGAGUGUCUACGUGCAUUGUAAGGCUGGGCGCUCCAGAAGUGCCACUAUGGUGGCAGCAUAUCUGAUUCAGGUAUACAACUGGAGUCCAGAGGAGGCUGUAAGUGCCCUCACCAAGAUCCGGUCACACAUCCACAUCAGACCUGGCCAGCUGGAAAUCCUCAAAGAGUUCCACAAGGAGAUGACUGCAGGGGCAGCACAGGAGUGAGACGUCACACAUCCCAGACGUGAAGUAUGUGGACUAGAAAGAACUCGACAACCCUGCUGGCUAUAGAAUAACAAAGUUUAACAGGACAAAAGGGGCCUAAGCCCAGACUUGCCAUAAGAGAAAUGUGCUAAGGAAUGGAUAAUUUCGCUCUCU